CUCCCGUCUUAUCUGUCUCGAAGCAACCUGACUCACGCCUCUCGAGUCUUCAUGUUUUCGGUAAAACUGCCACUAUCGCUGGGAGUAGCAGAUUAAUUUUACGAACCCCGGGGAGGGGAAGAGUGAGAGAGAAGAAGAGGGGGAGAAGAAUCGGUUUUCUCAUACCAUUUUGGAGGCGCAGAGAGAUGGCCAAUGAGUAGAGAACGAGCCAUUAAUGGAGAGAGGAUCAAGAUCCGGAAAAGGGAGGCUCUUGCGAGGAGGAUCUUGAUGGCAAACGAGGGGAGUUUCAGCAAGGAGCAGCCGCAGCAGAUCUCCUUCGCCAUGAUUCAUCCUUCUUCUUCAUCUUCCUCCAUGCAUGGAAGCCUCAUGAGGAACAAGGAGGCUGGAGCUUAUGACUUGGGAGAGCUGGACCAAGCUCUAUUCUUCUCUUUAGAUGAGCAGGAUCAUUCGAUAUCAGGUCAAGAACAACGACAGACUCUGAACAUUUUCCCUUCGCAGCCCAUGCAUGUACAGACUUCGACAAAGGGUGGAAAAAGCUUGGCUUCUCCAGCAACCAGUGGUUCCAAGAAGUCGUCAGAUCAGACCAUGGAACUAGGAAACAGUCCCAAUGAUCUCCCAGAGUUGCCUGAGAAGUCGUCGAAGGACACCAAAGUAGUAGUCAAGAAGGAUGGGAGCCGAAAGAGCACAUGUGUUGCAGAAAGUGAAGGGCCCAAGACAACAGAUCCUAAAACGUUGAGAAGGCUUGCUCAGAAUAGGGAGGCAGCCAGGAAAAGCAGGCUCAGGAAGAAGGCUUAUAUUCAACAGCUGGAGAGCAGUAGGAACAAACUUAGUCAGCUUGAACAAGAGAUUCAAAGGGCAAGAGGACAAGGUCUGUUAUAUGGUGGCGGAGCUCUCCUCGAGGAUCAAGGCCUCCCCACAUUUGCCGGUGGGCUAAGUUCAGAUGCAGCCGUGUUCGAUAUGGAGUACACGAGGUGGCUGGAGGAGCACCACAGGCUUAUGUGCGAGCUGCGCGCGGCGGUGGAAGAGCAGCAGCCGGAGAACAAGUUGCAGAUGUUUGUGGACAGCUGCCUCGCGCAUUACGAUCAUAUGGCGUAUCUCAAGAGCAUCGUCACGAAGUCGGACGUCUUCCACCUCAUCUCCGGCGUGUGGAUGACACCCGCGGAGCGCUGCUUCAUGUGGAUGGGCGGCUUCCGUCCCUCCGAGCUCAUCAAGAUGCUUUCGAGACACAUCGAACCAUUGACGGAGCAGCAGAUACUAGGGGUGUGCGGACUGCAGCAGUCGACGCAGGAGACGGAGGAAGCUCUCAGCCAAGGGCUGGAAGCCCUGAACCUAUCUCUCUCCGACACCAUCACCUCCGACGCACUGAGCUGCCUCUCUCACAUGGACAACUACAUGGGUCAGAUGGCCGUCGCCGUGAACAAGCUUGCUACAUUGGAGGGCUUCAUCCGACAAGCAGAUAACCUGAGGCAGCAUACGCUUCACCGGCUCUACCAGAUCUUGACGACCCGGCAGAUGGCGCGAUGCUUGUUAGCCAUUGCGGAAUACUUCCACCGCCUCCGUGCACUGAGCUCUCUGUGGCUCGCCCGGCCGAGACAUGAGUGAGCGGAAGAACCCUGCAGGCGCUGCAUGCAAGUGGAGGUCAGACACCAGAAGAGGGUCAAACUUAUUUGUAUACGACCGUCAUCUCUUGGCAAUAAAAGAGUUGUAGCAAGAAGAAGAGAGUCUGAUCUAAAGAUGUAUAGAUGGAUAAUUGCGACGUAAACACACUGUUUGGGGAAACAUGGUUUAGGUACCACAUCCUCUUCUCUUCUCACGCUUUACCUGUUAUAAUUAUAUGGAAAG